UAGUUAUACACGUAAUAAUAAUAUGGUCUAAACGUGCGCCAAUUAUACAAUGUACUAGUACAGUAUACAGUUUUAGAUUUUUGCACAAGCUACCUAAAUUUAACUAUAAGUCUGUAGAACAUAAUGUUCUAGCUCUACGAUUAAACGGUUAUUGAUUAGAUCAAACGAAAAGAAAUUUACAUAUUAUAAAUUUUGUUUUUUUUUUUAACUGUAUACAUUGUAUUCAAUCUAUACUUUGGUAUUUGAUUUUUAUUUAAAACAAUGAUGGUUAAUACAAAUACAUAUUUUUUAUUAGUACUUAUAGCUUUUAUUUCCACUAUAAGAUAUGCUGUAAGUAUAUCAUGCUACCAAUGCAACAGUACUGACAUCAAUGAUCAAUUUCGUUGUACAGAGUUUAUGGAUACGUACGGCUUGGACCCUCAACCUUGUACAAGUGUUUACAACGCUGCCUAUUGUGUGAAACUGAUAGGUCGCUACGAAGGAGGACUUGGAGUUACACGUUAUUGUUCAUCACACAAUUUGGGAAAUUACUGCAAUUAUGUACAACGGCCAGGUGAUGUAUUAGAAUAUCGAACAUGUGUUUAUACUUGUGAUUCUGAUGGUUGUAAUGGUUCAAGCCAAAUAAAGUUAUUUGGGUAUUUGAUUGGUUUAUCUUUUUUGCCAUGGUUUAUAAAUCUAUUAUCUUAAUUAUUAACAUUACCAAAAUAAUUUAAUUUAUUAAUAGGUUACCUAUAGCACAUUUUAAUUAUUAUUUACAAUUUUACAUAUUUUAUACUUUAUAAAUUGAUCAUAGAUACAGUAAUGAAUUCCAGCAUUUAAAAAAAUACUAUUUAUUGACAUUUAUAUAUUUUUUUGGCCUUGAAAGUAAGGACGUUUAGUUAUGAAAAAUCAAUAUUGCUUAUAUUUGUUAUGAUCUGAUCAAUUAUAUAAAUAUUUUUAGGUAUAUUAUACAUCAUAAUAAGUCAAAUCCACUUAAUUCAAAGUAACUAUAUUGUUAUUACUAUAUAUUUUUUUAAACAAAAUGGAUAAA